GGCCGGGCGGGGCCGGGCGCCCCGCGGGCGGCACCCGGAGCGCGGGGCUUGUGCCGCUGCCUCGCCUUUCCCUCCGCGUCUCUCCGCCCUUCCCGUUUAUCUUGAGCCGUCGGGUAAACCGUGCAUAACCAGAGCUGACAGGGGCCCUUGGCACGUCCCUCGGAAGAGACCCUCAGAUAUUAACGCGUCUUAUUUUGUUUUUUCUUGAGCUUGUCGCUGGACACCGUGGCUGAGUUUCGGUUAAAACUUGUUGGUGUCAACGGGCAUAUGUAGCUUGGAUCGGAUCAAACCUUCUGAGAAGUGCUGUAGAAAAGCUGAUCCGUCGAGUGCGACUUUCGCAGGGAGCCUUAGGAUUCACGCUGAGGUGUUGAGCCCUGGACUGGAGCCUUGCUUGGGGCAUACAUCCGGCUGUUGUUUUCACUGUGAUAGCCACAUCACUUCUAACACGAGAGAUUGACAUGCUCUGAUCACACUAAGUCCACGUGCCACCUUGACUUGCAACAUACAGUAGUCUGGACUUUGUACAGGAGGGGGAAAGCCUGACAUCUCUGAAAAUGGCAGCUGAGACAUCCAUGGAAGCUCCAAGAACGGCUAGACAAUCCAUCCUCAAAGAAGAGGUAAUUGUUGAAAAAAAAUGGGUGAAGCUUGAAGAAACAACUUAUGUUGAUGCCUUUGGUAAAACCAGAACUUGGGAAACUGUAAAGCGUGCUAGCAAGAAAAAGGGCAUUUCAGCUGAUGGUGUAGCAGUGAUAGCUGUCCUGCAGAGAACUCUCCACUAUGACUGCAUUGUCCUAGUGAAACAGUUCAGACCUCCAAUUAGCGGCUAUUGCUUGGAAUUUCCUGCAGGCCUCAUGGAAGAAAAUGAGACUGCAGAAAGUGCUGCGUUGCGAGAGUUGGAGGAAGAAACUGGCUACAUAGGGGAAGUUGUUGAAUGUACUCCAGCUCUCUGCUUGGACCCAGGUUUGUCUAACAGCACAACACACAUUGUGACUGUCACCAUUAACGGAGAUGAUGCUAAGAAUAUAAGACCUAAGCAAAAGCUUGAAUUUGUGGAAGUUAUCUCAAUUCCAAAGAACGACCUGCUGCAAAGAAUUGAUGAACUAGUAGCAGAAGAGCAUAUUGCAGUGGAUGCCAGAGUUUAUACUUACGCAUUGGCCCUGAAACGUGCAACAGAAACACCGCUCCAAGUUCCUUUUAUGAAGUUCUAAUGCUGCACAGUGAGAAAUGCAGUUGAAAACUGCCCAGCUCAGAUGGCUUAUAGAAGUAGAACUCUUGGUGUAAUACAGGUCCUUUACAUUACUUGCAGAGUCAAAAUAAGUAUUUGUAGGAGUAAUUCUCAUAUUUUUAACUGGAAUUAUGUAACUGACUUAAAAUAUUUCUUCUAAUUGCUCAGUCUAUCAAGCCUUGACAGAAUAAUCAUAAUAAAAAUGCUGUUUAAUUUUCAAAA